UUGCAGUGCACGUAUAUAGGUCAAAUGCACUGCAGCGGCGCAGUUGCAUUUAAUACGUCUGUCUUGUAAGUGCAGGCGUUAUUGUGUGUGAAAUACAGAAAAUGAACAUGUGCUUCCUUGUGUAACUUUUCUAUGCUGUACAUAGUAUGAAAGCAGAACUGCUACAAAGAAAAUUAGGGCAGAACUUGGGUGCAUGCCCAAAUUAUGAGUGCAGACUUCUUAAUGUAUAUGUACGUUUUGUAAGUCGUGUAUAGCUUGUUUAUUUUACUAAAUGCAGGGAGAAUAUAAAUUGAAACAAAUUAGACAAUGUACUUUAUACAGUAAAUGCUGUAUCUACUGGUCUGAUUAGCAAACGACACAGAUGCUGUGAAUGUUGAUCUUGAAUGUUAUGUUGAAAAGUUAUAAAAUCAGGUUAUUAAUUUACUGGAACCACAUUGUAUUAUUGGUUUAAACAAUAAUACAAUUUUAGCUUUUGGCCUCAGAAAAUGAGCCUUAAUGUAGGCAAAUUGAUUAACGUAAUUACGUAGUUAGUCGCUACGCAACUCAACGUGUCCCUGUUCUGUUGACUGGGAAACCCCUAGCGCGGAGCUGCCAACGCCCGGCGUAAAGACACAAAUAGAGGAUACGAUCUUGAAUGAGUAGCAAAGACUGUAACACACAGCUAUGCAGACCAUUAAGUGUGUUGUAGUUGGUGAUGGUGCCGUGGGUAAAACCUGCCUGCUCAUCUCUUACACCACAAACAAGUUUCCCUCUGAAUAUGUACCUACGGUGUUUGAUAACUAUGCUGUAACUGUAAUGAUUGGAGGUGAGCCCUACACUCUGGGCUUGUUUGAUACAGCAGGUCAGGAAGAUUACGACAGGUUACGACCUCUGAGUUAUCCCCAGACAGAUGUCUUCCUCGUCUGUUUCUCUGUCGUGUCCCCAUCCUCCUUUGAAAAUGUCAAAGAAAAGUGGGUUCCCGAGAUCACCCACCACUGUCCAAAGACGCCCUUCCUUCUAGUUGGGACUCAGAUCGACUUGCGAGAUGAUCCCUCCACUAUAGAGAAGCUGGCUAAGAACAAGCAAAAGCCCAUUACUCCGGAGACAGCCGAGAAGCUGGCAAGAGAUCUCAAGGCUGUGAAAUAUGUGGAGUGCUCAGCCCUCACACAGCGAGGGCUGAAGAAUGUUUUUGACGAAGCUAUCCUAGCUGCCCUAGAGCCGCCUGAGACGCAAAGAAAGAGGAAAUGUUGUUUAUUUUAAACUUUCUGUGCCACAUCGCUCAUCUCUUCUUCCUGUCAUUGCUGUUUAUCCAUUUUUCGUUCCCUUGCUCCACUUCUCUCCUCCUUCCCAUUUUCUCUCUCUCUCUCUCUCUCUCUCUCUCUCUCUGCAUUUGCUGCUUAAAACUCUCAUCUGUCUCAAUCUCAGCCAUCUAUUAACAGAUCCACCAGUUUGAUACUCACACUGCUGCUCUACUCUGCAUCAAGAUUGCGUUUCUCAUCUUUGUUCUGUGGCUUGUUAAACUAACCAGAGGCCUUUCUGCACUUAAAAAUACUUGUUGCCUUUUCUAAUUUGGUUUACUCGGCAUCAUAUCUUCAUAUUUUUCUUCUGGAUUAGUGUUACCACCUGCAUCAUUUCACAUCCUAAUUCUUGGACCACUCUGUGUCUUAAACUGUUUUCACACAUGAACUCUGGACAGUCAAACACAGUUGUCCUUUCUGGAAGGAUAAAUUCUGCACACAGAUACCUCCUUCAUUCUAACAUGGACUUAAACGCCACCACGCCUCUGAAUUGAACUCAUUCUAAAAGAUGAGAUUAAACAUUAUUGUGUGUGUAUUUAAGAGCCACUGAAAAUUGAUCGCAGUCAGUGACCACAUUUUUUUAAACGUGUUACUUUCUGUAGUUUAUAGUGCUCCAGACACAUAAUGUUAGGGUGCUGAAUGUAGUAGCACCAGCAGUCUUCUUUCCUUUUUAAAAUACAAAUGGAAAAAGAAUAGAGCAAAACUAGCUAGAAAAUACAAACUGUAAGAACUCACACAUCUGUGCAGUGCUGUUUACUCACUGCUGUCUGUAGGCUGUUGACACAGUCUGCAGACAACUUUCCACUCUCUAUGUCAGAGUGCUACAGGUCAUCUGUUUUACUUUCCACAUUGUUUGUUUGUAAUUUCAAAUUAAAGAGAAAGCAGAAAUAAGCCUAACACCAAUAUUAAAAUCAUACAAUAAUAAAAUGUGAAUAAAUAGCACAGCAAGAGCAGCAGCUGUGUACAUUGACAGUCAUUCACACACUGUGUUGAAACAGCCGGGUCGGUAAAGCUGGUUCAUUGUGACACCGUCUGAAAGGUUCGUGUGUGAAAACGUCUUGAGUUUAGCUUAUUAACAAGACCUGUGUCUAACAAUAGGUGGCUAGUGUCUAGAAGGAUACAUCCUUUGUUUGGGAUGGUCCUCGACUCUUCUCUCUGCUCUGUGCGAGUAGUAGUCGGUGUGAAGGUGGUGGCUUUACAGGCUGAGAUUGAGCUUACACUCAACAGAGCUUCCAUUUCUAAUGCUAAAGUAUUUUUUAUACUUCUACAGUUAUGUUUAAUUUAUCAGAAUCUGAAGUGUGACUGUGGUUUCUCACGCAGGGCUUUUAACUGCUCAAGUCACCUAUGGGAGUGUCUGACCUCAGCAGACAUUGCUAUAUGCUGGUGUCAUGGUACUCUCAUUGAUCUAUUUUAUAGCUAAGCCACACUUGAUGAUACUUGCAAGCCGUGUUUAGUGACUUAUUUCGCUUUCUCUACAUAUAACAUCAGUGUGCCAUUACCUGUGGUACAGAUUGUGUUGUAUUAGAAGUCUAUAUAAUAAUAAAAGCUAUAAUUGUGUGAAAUGACUUGUGAACUGAAUUAAUAAAGGACAACUUAACUUGC